AGCAACAGUUGCCCCGGUGAGGACGAGGCGCCAUAGUCACGGUAGCCCUGGCGACAAGAACCAAGCAACGGGAAUCAACAACAACAACAGCCCGAUCCGCUAAAGAGCGAGAAAAGAAAAAACAAACAAAACUUCAUCUGUAGUUGUCAUGGCGACUCCAGGGUUUGCAGAGGACCUACAGCCCUCCCAGCCCCAAGGGGGUAGCAUAACCACAUCCAAAGCUGUCCAGCAGAAAACCACGCCCACUGCCACGCCCCAGUUCCUCCCAGAGAUACAGAGCCCUUCUAGCUCCGCCCCUUCGCAGACAGUCCCCACUGCUAGACCUAGUCAGGCCACGCCCCCGGGGAGCCAGAAGAAGACGGUUUUGGCCAUACCUCCUCAAGUAACCGUGGCAGCAGUGCCUUAUGUUGCCUCAGAGAUUCAGAGCUCCGCCUCACAGUCCAGCAAUGGCCAGAGCACGCCACAGUACAUAGUGGUCACUGUUACCGAAGGGUCUCUCCAUUCUAACGAUUCCGUGUCAGACUCCAGUCCACCUCCUACUGUCCAGACAGGUGUGCCCACUCAUGUAGUUCAACAGGUGCAGACUGUGCAGCAGAGGUCAGUGGUGCAGACCACAGUGAAAAGCCAGACUAGCCAGCUGGGGGUUGCCAACCUGCACAUCACUCCUGAGAUCUCUCAGGUCGGGCAGCAUGUGUACCCCAGCCAGGUUCAGUACGUGGAAGGUGAUGGCAACUACAACAACACAGCCAUUCGUUCCAGUACUUAUCCAUACACAGACUCCACCCUCUACACUCAGGCCACGCCUUCUGGCACGUACUAUGAAGCCCCACCCACGUCCACCUCUCAGGUUCCCACCCCUGUGACCUCUCAGCCAGUGUCCGUGACUACAGGGUCAGGCAGUGGAGCGGCACCCAUGUUCUCCGGAGGUGGUACGGGGGUAACCGUGGUGACAGGUGGCACCUCCUCCAGUGGUGCGGGCGGAACUGGGGGCGGGACCAGUGGAGGAGGGGCAGGGAGUUACGUGGUUCAGGGGGGAUACAUGCUGAGUGGAAGCCAGAAUUACUCCCCCACCCCACGUGCCUCACCUGCUACUCUGCAGUGGUUGUUUGAUAAUUAUGAAACAGCUGAAGGUGUCAGUCUUCCUCGCUGCACUCUGUACUGUCACUACCUGCUGCACUGUCAGGAGGCCAAGCUGGAGCCCGUUAACGCAGCGUCCUUCGGCAAGCUCAUCCGAUCUGUCUUCAUGGGCUUACGCACCAGGCGCCUGGGGACCAGAGGGAACUCCAAGUACCACUACUAUGGGCUUCGGAUCAAGAGCAGCUCCCCCCUGCAAAGGCUAAUGGAGGACCAGCAGUACCUGGCCAUGAGACAGCAGCCCUUCUCCCAUAAGCACAAGAUAAAGCCGGUGCAGAAAGUUGAAGGAAUGACCAACGGGAUGGCGAUGGGGGUGGGCUCAGGACAGGGGGGGGGGCUGGUUGACAUCAGCUCUCAAGUUCAGCACUAUCAGCAGUUUUUAGAGGCAUCCCGCUCUCUGCCAGAGUUUCCAGAUAUUGAUCUCCAAGGGAAGCCCCUGCCAGACGGAAUUCUUCCAGAGCACAUUCGGGCGUUCCAGCAGCUCUACAGAGAACACUGCGAGGCUAUCGUGGAUGUGAUGGUGAACCUGCAGUUUACUCUGGUAGAGACUCUGUGGAAGAGCUUCUGGAGAUUCACUGAGGGCCCGAACAAUGACAUGGAUAUGGAUCUUCAUGGUGAAUCAGAGAAGCGGUUGCCGAAGGUAUGUUUGGUGCUGCUGUGUAAAUAUGAGCCUGUUUUGCGCUGGAGCCGCAACUGUGACAACACCCUCUACCAGACUCUAGUGGAAAUCCUCAUUCCUGAUGUCCUCAGACCCAUACCCAGUGCCUUAACCCAAGCUAUCCGAAACUGUGCCAAAAGCUUAGAGAACUGGCUCACCAGUGCCAUGAUGAACAUACCAGAGGAGAUGGUCCGAAUCAAGGUUGUGUGUGCAGGAGCGUUUGCACAGACUCUGCGCAGGUACACUUCUCUGAAUCACCUGGCCCAGGCCGCCCGGGCUGUGCUGCAGAACUCAGCCCAAAUCACCCAGAUGCUCAAUGACCUCAACAGAGUGGACUUCACUAACGUACAGGAGCAGGCAUCGUGGGUGUGCGUGUGUGAUGAGCGGAUGGUGCAGCGGAUCGAGCAGGACUUUAAGAUGACCCUGCAGCAGCAGAAGUCUUUGGAGCAGUGGGCGGCCUGGCUGGACGGAGUUGUCUCCCAGGUCCUAAAGCCCUACAGCUCCAGCCCGGGAUUUCCCAAAGCUGCUAAACUCUUUCUGCUCAAGUGGAGCUUCUACAGCUCUAUGGUGAUCAGGGAUCUGACCCUGCGCAGUGCGGCCAGUUUCGGCUCUUUCCAUCUCAUCCGCCUGCUCUAUGAUGAGUACAUGUAUUACCUGGUGGAGCACAGGGUGGCCCAGGCCAAAGGAGAAACGCCUAUCGCUGUAAUGGGAGAGCUUUCCAGCCUGAGUCGGAAUAUGGAUGCAUCAGACGUUGAGAAAGAAGAGGAGGAAGAGGAGGAUGACGAGAGUGACGAAGAUCAGAUGUGCGUUAUGGCCGACUCGGCUGCUGUGGCGGAGGAGUCUCUGGAGCCGCCCACCAAACUAGCCAGAACGGACCCCUUCAACAGCGCACACAACUAAAGCACACAUUCAACUCCACACACGACCAUCACAUACAAACACACACAUUUACAUCUCUAAACCCACUUAUACAGACAGAACUAACACACACAGCUUUUUUAUUAGAUAUUCUCAUCUUAGUGCCAUGCAGUCAUCUGCCUUAUCCUUUACCAAACUACUCUAUUGCCUCUAUACGAUAGUGUAAUGUAUUGAUGUUUAAUGCCUUAAAUUGAUUUCAGUGAUAAUGCCUUAAGUAUACACAUAGCCCAUUUGUGUGAUAGCGUUUACAGUAUAAAUAUUAUACAUAGAGAGUGACUGUGUAUGUCAGAGUGUGUUUAUGUUUGCAUACGGGCAAAGAAGCGCGUUUCAUUGUCAGAAACAACAGGCAGAAAACGUAAAAAUGAGCCAAGACGCUAAACAGAAACAGCGCUUUAUCUGAAACGUCACUCCCACUGUGACAUUUCUGACUAGAAAAUAAACAAGAUUUUAAUAAGUCACACAACCACACUAAAGUAAUGCUAACUAAGACACUGUAAUGGUCACUGUGCACUAGCUUGGCAAGCUAUCAUCCAGCUCAAGUGGCCAUCACAGUCACCUGUUCUUUGGGGUUUGGUGGAGAAAUGGUGCACUGAGGCGUUUGUGCUUUAUUGCUUAUUGUAAACAAAACUUUUGCUCAUACAGUUGGAUAAAAAGCUUAAAGUCCCCCAGUCAAAUGGCAUGUUUUGUCGAUUUUCUAAGUAAAAAAAAUCAGGAAAUUUAUAAAAAGACGUUUACAUUCAAAGUAUAAAUAAAAAUAGUUUAUUUCCUUGUUAGAAAUGUUACAGCGGGAGCUACAAGUUCAGAUAAGCCCCUUUUUCGUUUGGUGCCUUGGCUCCACCUGCAGAUCGAAGCCUGAAAAUAAAAGUGAAAUCAGCCUGGUUCCUUUUCUGUUUUUGUGCUUUUGUCGAGAUUUUAUUUUCUGUUUCUCGAAGCGGAAUAAGACAUUUUAGUCACUUUUUAUAUUUUCUGCCGUUUCUGACAAUGAAAGCGAGAAAUGCCUUGUUUGUUUUUUUCAUUUCUCAUGUUUGGAUUUUGAAACGAGAAUCAGAUAACCAUUCGUUUUUUUCAUUUUUUCAAUUUCUGCUUUCAUUUUUUUUCAUUUCUGUCACUGGAAUGAAAAUAAAAUGAGCAAAAAUGACCACCAGUGAUUAUGAUGGACUAAAUAACAGGAAAACGGAAAAUUCUAACAAAAAAAAAACACAGCCGCCCACAAUCAAAGAAGAAAACAUUAUUUGUAUUAUCUCCCUCACUCUGUUCUGUCAGUCAUCAUGUUUUUCAUUGCUUUGCACUGCCUUGAUUUGCUUCAUAGAAGUAGCAGCUUUGUCACUUUUUCACAGGAAACGGUGGCAUGAUUUCAUGUACACGAUGCUGUCUGGCCCCCUGUAGCCUUCACACGUUUUUAGCAGCCUUAGCGUUUUUGUAUGAAGCGCUCCACACUACCCGAUUUUCAUCGUGGGUUCCAGUUAGGGCUGAGUAGCACUUAUUACUUGGAUACUUUCAGUAUCGAUAUCUAAAUUUUAAUACUGAUGCCUGAACGUUCUGUACUUAUUUCAGCACCUUGUUUUAAAUUACAGACCAAGAGUGGGCGUGGCUUUAACCAUAAAUGAGUGUAAUAUAUUUAUUUAAAAAAUAAUCAAGAAGCGCUGAUGUUAAAACAUGCAUUAGAGACAUCAUUAUAGAUUUAAAAGCACUGAACAGUGUGCUGUUGUUUUUGGUUCAGACUUUAGUGAGAUCAGAUUAUGUUUAGUGAAUCGAUUCUUUAAAUUCACAACGCGAAAUCUGACUUUUCUUAUCUGUUCGGCAGCACAAAUUUGUAUAUAAUUUUAUUUCCCCUACGCUCAUCUUGAUAGUAUCUUAUUGGCUUGUUGUGCAGCAAAACAGCACAUAUGAAACAAAUGAAUACACAGCUGAAAGUUAUAGUCAGUAUAUUAUGUGUUCAGAGUGCCGCUGUGUUUAGCAUCUCAGCCAUUGGCUAAAACGUCUGCAAAUCAGCAAAUGUUUGGAAAGUGAAAGGAAUGAAUCUUUUAGCGUAGCGAUUCAAAAAAACUACCCAAAACUUUUGUGCUAUUUUUUAAAAUCCAGGCUUUUAGUUGCCUUAUCUACGCUCCGCCCACACAAGCAUUCUUUCAUAGCUACUGUUGCUGGGUUGCCUGAGUGUUUACAAAAUUCCAUUCAACCUAAAGAGAAACUGCAGCUCAAAACUCAGUUUUUUUACUUUGUACAUCCUAAAAAGAUUCAUUCAAGAAAGUGCAGGGCACGGAUGAGCGAAUCUGCAGCAUCACGGAAAAUCAUGUAGUGUGAAAUACAGUGGAGUCCAGAAGUCUGAGAACACAUCGUUUCUUUUCAUUUAUCCUGGAAGUUAUGUUAUCGUGGAAGUUAUGACAAGUACAAAGCAGGUUCAGCACUUUUCCUUGGACCUUCCUUGGAGAUUGAUGCAUAUUUAUAACAUUGACGAUAUCCUAAAUAUUUUAGUAUUUUAUAUUUUUCCUUGAGGCCCAGUCUUAACAUUUGUGGGAUGUUUUAAAGUCAUAAUUCAUUUCUACAUGACCAUUUUCAGCCUCUCUUAAUUCCUUAGAAGUAAACAGGCUGUUUUAGUUAAUUCCCCUUAAGACUAAUAUAUGUAAAUGAUCUCUGUUCUGAUUGGCUCCCCUGUACCAUGCCUCAUUCAAACAGCAGUCUGGGCUGAAAAACCCCUUUAACUUUAGCGUGAGUGGCCGAGGCUGAACUGCUGUAGGAUGAAUAGGCAGACAUAUGUAAAUAGGUGUGUCCUAAUUCAGGGGCUGCAUCCUACGAAGGACAGGUGUGUCCUUUGAAGGCUGCGUAGUCUCGCGAAGGCUGAACUGAAAUGAGAUGGUCUGCCCUACAGCGGUCUUCCUGUUUGCGUCACAGCACCGCUGUUCCCACCCCCUUACUGCUGCAUCACGAAACACCACUCCUGUCAAGUUCUUUAAAGAUAGAGCCACAAACGUUGAUUUUAGUGGGGUUUUUUUUGUUUAUUAGAGCUGGAGACCCCCUGCAGUCUUAAAACAAAACGGAAACGUUAGCAUAGGUUUUGCUUCAGACCACAUCAUUUUUUUAAACGUUUGUAUCUUCAGCUGUUCGACUCAGUUUAAACCCAAUACUUAUAUAUUUAAAGUGUCCCCUCAGCCACUGUUCGCUCCUCUGCUGACGCCGCCAUGUUCUCGAAUCCUCGUCAGCAUGCAAUGAACCUUUGGAUAUAUGCUGGCAAAGGAUCCACCUGUUGGAUCUUUAGUUGCCAUGGAAAAGAAGGACACAUUUCUCGGCUGCAUAUGAAAGAGCCUUCAAAAUGGGACAGCCUAGUUGUGCUGCUGUGACGCAAUCGGCCUUCAAAUGCUGCCUCCGAAAGGACGCAGCCCCUGAAUUGGGACGCAGCUCAUGUGUUGGGUUUUGUGACAUCACAGAAACAAUGAGCUGUUUGUGCACUUUUCCACAUAUGGAAUGAGGAGCGAACAGUGUCUUUAGCAAUGUUUACAUACAAUAACAGACUUUUAUUUUCAAAAAGGAGAGGAAAAUUUGGUUUUCCAGGAUAAGAGUCCUUUAAAGCGAAAGGGGGAGCAAAUACUAAAUACUAAGAAAUUCCCAUGUAAUUAGAUGAAAGGUUCUACUCAAAUUGUGCUUGUAGUAUAAUUUGAACACUGUUAGAUCAGAAAAGUAAACAGUCGAGUGGUCUCAGACUUAUGGACCCCACUGUAUGUGGUAAACUGUUGGAAUACGUAGCUUUAAAGUGAGGGAGCAACUUUCUAGCACUCUAAUCUGAGAGAAGACUCUGCUUUAGAGAUUUGGGACUCGACUAGUGAAGAACUUCUUGCUUCUUAGGCUGCCAAGGCAACCAUCCUCCCACAGACCCUGUCAUAUGUGGAGGCUAAUCAUAUUGGUAUGAAAUAUGGUGAAAUAAGGGCAAAGGACUUCAAACUGUGUACAUAACAGCGUAAACCGAGUUUCGUUCGUGCUUUGUUCUUUCUUUACCAUUUGUUAUUUUUGAGCUCUUAAAUAAAAAAAACCCCAACCUGUUGCUUAGCAACACCGCAUCGCUCCUCUCUUUAUAAAGCCAAAAAAACUCCCAAAAUAAGACAAAAUAAAACAUUUCUGUAUAAUA